AUGGUAGGAGACACACUGCCAAGAGGAAUGCUGACCUCAUUGGCAAAGAAACAUCAUGUACACAAAUCUACUACAAGCAGGUGGCUAAAAAUAGUUAAACAACACAUGCAACUGGGAGAAGUAGUGGAUGUGAGAACCAAAAAGUUAGGGAAAACUGGUCGCAAGCCAUUUGAAUACUCUGAUGAGUGGCUUAUGUCUGUCCCACUUUACAAGAGAACCACAAACAGAAGCUAUGGUGCUGCUCUACAUGUCAAUCAUAUGGUGAUACACAGGUUGAAGAAAAGGGGCAGACUUAGGGUAGUGUCUGCAAGUAAUCACCCAACAUUAUCAGAAAAUCACAAAGUUGCAAGGCUUAAGUGGGUUUUGCAACACAUUCAUCCAAUUCCAAGUGAGGGGGACCCUACAAUUAUGGAUAUGCAACAUCACAUACACAUUGAAGAGAAGUGGUUCUACCUAGACCCAGAGACAAGGACUUUCUAUCUAACCCCAAAUGAAGAAGUCCCAUACAAAGCACAACAGUCUAAAAGGUUUAAGAUAAAGGCAAUGUUCAUGGGAAUGGUGGGAAAACCACUUUAUGCUGCAGAUGAGAUUCUUAUUCACUCAGGGAAGUAUGGUUUGUUCCUUUUUGUGAAACAUGAGAGGGCAAAAAAGAAAAGCAAAAACAGAGAAGCAGGCACAAUGGAGACUAAAGAGAUUCAGAAUGUAAACAAAGAAGCUAUUAGGCACAUGAUUUUAGACAAAAUCAUCCCAAUAAUUCAUGCACAAUGGCCAACACAAUUAUCAAAGAAUGUUAUCAUACAAUGGGAUAAUGCUAGGCCACAUCAAGUACCAAGAGAUGAAGAGUUUUUGGCAGCAACACAAGCUAAUGGGUUUAACAUUCAAUUUUCAUUCCCAAAAAAUAUUGAUGAGCUACUUGAGAAAGUUGCAGAGGCAUUUGAGUUGUUUGAUCCAACACUAAAUAGGUACACUUGGAUCGCACUACAGGCUUGCAUGAUUAAGGUAUUGGAAAAACAAGGAGGGAACAACUACAAUCCACCACAUAUUGGCAAAGCAAGGCAAGACAGGCAAGGGACUUUGGAGGACAUUUUGAAGGUAGACAGGACACUAAUUGCAGAGACAUUGCAAUAUCUCAACACCCUCUUUGUUCCAACCACAGGACCUCAACCAGAAAGUGAAGAUAUGGAAGUAGAUGUAGAUUGA